GGCUUUUCCCAUAAUAAAUAUGGCACAAAAGGUGCACCCAAAAUUUUCAAUGAACCCACAAGCCCCAGAUAAACCUGAAAAAAAUUACCCAACAGAAAAGCUAGCCAGCAGGAAGUUUCCGAUUCAGCCGUUCAAGAGCGACUCCACCUGCGCAACAACAUAGUUCCCAAAAAUCACAAUGGUUCCGAGGAGGGUGCUGCCAAAUUCGGCCAAGCAGGCUUCGAUAAACGCAUAUCAGCAGUUGUGGCAUCGACAGUUUGUCCGAGCACCUUUGGUUGCCUCGAUGCCGGAGUAUUGGCAUUCCGUGUGCAACAAAAUGGGUGGCGCCAUGCCCCGCAUGGCGGUAAUUGCUCCGCCGGAAGUGAGCAGCCGGAAAUUGAGUCGUCUUCGUCGUCAGCUGAUAAAAGCGCCCGGGGAAACCGUUCCGAUGCACAGCUUCAUCCCCAAUUAUGGUCUACAGCACCAUCCGCAAAGGCAGUUUCAAAGAGGCUAUCAGAACGCAGGAAAUAGAAGUUGUCCAAGUCAGAGUCCUACCAAGGCGGCUCUUAUGAAGCCAGGUUGCAUCUUGGCGGCCUGCCAAAACCAGGCCUUCAGAAAUUUAGCAGCACCAAAAAAAGUUUCACCCACGGCACCGCAGCAACAACCACAUUUCAUUCAGGGAAGCUUUUUCGACCAUCCUGGAGCAGUAAGUCCAAUGCAAUGGCAACAUCAGCAGUAUCUAGUGCAGCAGCAACACACGCAAUUUCUACUGGAACAACAACAGAAGGCAGUUCCUGCUGGUAUUUUAAAGAACUCUUCAAAAAUUGGAUUUGGCCGACACUACGGAAGUGAUCAUCAGACCUUCAGUCCGCAUAAAACGAAAAGAGUGACGAUCAAAGGCACAGCGGACCCACGUACCAGAUACCAAGAACCUAUAGUGGAGCAAAUAAAACUCAAACCCGAUAGUCCUCCAAAGCCAAAAAGGACAGUGAAGCUAAAUGCACUGAAGAAAGAACGACAGCAACUGCAGCAAUUGCAACUACAACAUGAGCUUCUGAAGCAGCAUCAGGCUAUGCUAAAUCAGAAAGAUCAAGGGAAGCUCCAGCAUAAAGAGAAUCUCCAUCAGAAACAGCUCUUGCAAGUCCAAAACCAUUUAAGGAAACAACACCGGAAGAGCCUGCUUCAACUAGAUCAGUCCAGGAGCUUUAACUUCGGCAAAUUUGUAAACCAUUUUAUAGAAGGCUGUAGCAGGGAUUCUGAUACAGAAACGUCUAUGUAUUCGGCUGCGAAUUCCGAAAUAAAAUCAGAAAGUUCGCAAAACAGGACGCAGGACCCCAAGCAAUUUGGGAGCUCAAAGGCGAAGAGCUUAUCCUGUGAAAAGUUCACACAGGAGAGUAACAAACUUGAAAAGUCUGAGGCCCCAAAGAGGGAGGGUAAGGCAUCUUCGAGGGGCUUUCUUGAUCGUCAAGCCGGAAGACAGGAGUUGGGAAACGAUAGCACGAUAACUCUAACCACAGAGCAAAAUCAGUCAACUCAAUUUCAAAGUCGCACAACUUUGACUGACAAGGCCACAAACACCAAGUUGGACCCUCUCAGUGGUCUUCUUAAACAUGGACCACAAAAAGCUAUAUCAGCCACUUCAGCAACUAGUAAGGGAUCGAGAAAACUAAACAUCAAUGAGCUGUUGAGAAAUGAAAAAGUGAAAGGACUGGAUGGCAAUCCCAUGUGGAACUCGCUUAUGCAACUGGUAGCCCACCUGUGUGAGGCCAAGGAAAGUGAGAAGGGAGAUAAGGAGCAGAAGAGUCGUUUGAGGGCAGGAUCCGGUGCUGACGGGCUUCAGAAGCAGUUUUCCGUGUACUUGAUGGUUACCUCCGACGAGGAGGACGAGGACUGGAGUUCCGUCAAACCGAAAGUUGAGCACUCAAGCAGUGAUCCAAAAUUGGCGAGCAAUGACGGGAUUCUUGAGUACGUCAAGCGCUGUGACAAUGUAUACCAGACAGAGCAUCCCAAACAAGGACGCCGCAGACUUUCGAGGAAAAGGUUAAAUCCCCGGCUGCGUGAUCUUUCCAUUCCGUACACCACAACGCAGACUCAGCUCCCGAUGAGAAGACCCCUUCACUGGCCCAAGCCCGAUUAUUCUAAGCCACAAUGUCGUCCGAACCGCACCCGCUACCCAUCUCGUGCUCGCUCCCGCUCCUCGACGAAACAGGCGGUAAGGUUGCGAAGCCAGAGAUCCAUAAGAUCAGCACUCGACGAGAAGCGUAGCUGGCAAUUUCGAGGAACUAAACUAAAGGAAAGUGUGUCUUUCACUGGUUUCGGGUCUCAUUUUGUUGGCUUGACCCUCAUACCGGAAAGGAGAAGGAGGGCUUCAGGCGGGGACUGCGAUUACAAUAUACUGCGCAAUCCGUUAGUCGUGCGGAGUGGUGAGAUUCCAGAUCAGGGAGAGAGCGCUCCCAGCUGUCCAUAUCGGGGACCCUAUCAGGGGCAGAACAAUUGCCAACAGGCCCCCGAACCGUAUUGUAACCUGAAUUAUGAGCGUUGUGAACCCGCUCAGUAUCAGACCGGAUAUCAUGACCAUAUCCAGCCUCAAAGCUAUGCAUCGCCAGGCAAUCAAUGUUAUGUGCCACCGGGUAGAACCCAAUCUCAGCCCAAGGAUCGAGGUGGAAAUGACUGUAGCAGCGAGCCGCCCUCUGGCAGAAGAGCUUACAGAACGCCCUCCUCUCACUAUAUGGAAUACAGGGAGUUCCAGCAAAGUCCCAAGAAAAAUCCUGUCUUGAACAGACCACAAUAUAGUGACUCUCCCGCGGAAAACCCCAAUCGGUUGCAAAGAAAGGAUCCAGAAUGUAGUUGUGAGCGCAGAUCUUCGCCCGAGAGACGUCAGUGCCAGAGAACACGUCGCUUACAGAAAAAGGAUUCUGAAUGUAGCUGUGAGUCUGAAUCUUUGGCGGAGAAACAGCCUGUCCAGAGGAGCAAUCGGUUGCAGAGAAAGUCCUCCGAAUGCAGCUAUGCGGCUGGAUCAUCGCCAAGAAGGCAGCAAGUCCGGAGAAGAAGCCCACCAGAUAAGAGCUAUAACCAGAGGAAACCGACUCAGGCGGCUCAUGCUUGCUCUGUUCGUUGUCACGCUCGGUCCCACGUUCCGGGAUCACCUCCGCCUCCCACCCCCAAGAGAAGGUGUCUAGCCGCCACGCCACCACCCACUUGUAGAAAACCUGCACCCAGAACUAGAUCAACGAGUUCCUCAAGAAAAAGCAAUCAAAGGAAAUGUAGUGCCUGCAAUCGCUAUUCCGAUGAAGAAAGCGGUGAACCUACCGAUUACGUGGAGGGCAGUCGUUCCCGGACUGAGGUCCUUAGGAAUCCCUUGGUGCAGUCGCGCUCCAGUUGCGAGUGCAACAAUAAUCUGCCACACGAAAGCUACAGUGAAGACUAUCCAGUCCAGCGGAGAGCACGAUCUGCGAGUUGCAGAAAACCCAACCCUGAAGGUCGAAGUGGUUCCCGGAAGGGACCACCGGUCUGCUCCAAUGAAACCCUGGUGGAAAAACCAGUACAGAGCUAUCGUUUCAAUUGCCCAGAGAACGGAAAAUGCGCAUCAUGCCGAGAACUUUGCCCGAAAUGCCACAAGGUGCAGCCCCAAAAACAGAGAAGUGCGUCAGCAAAGAGAUAUGUCUCUUCGGUGGCACAGAAAUGCUGCCCCAUGUGCGGACUACUGCCCAUGAUGCCGAAUAUUUCCAUACCGGACGUUGCGAGUAGCAACCGCAUUAUCUACAAGACUCUGGGGCUAUGUCGACCCAGGAAAGUGCCCAAGACUAGGUACGAGCUGACCAUUUGCUGCAAGAAGCGUUGCCAGGGAGGCCGGAACUCUCACUACAUGACUGGCACUGUUGCUACGAGCCUAAAGAGAAGGGCUAAGGCGGUGAUGAUGGGAGGCAACCCGGUGGCGCCAUUACGGACGUCAAGCCUCAGACAAGGUAUCAGACAGUCUUCUACCCCAGCUCAAAAUGUGCCCAGUCAUUCGCAGACAACGGGGCACAAAAGGAUCCAGAGUAGAGUGGGCCCUUCCUAUUCUGACCAAGAUCGGGCAAGUCCAUCCACCUCCGGUCAGCAGCGUGAAAGACCAGCUGCCACCCCGCAGUUUAAAACGCGUUCUCCCUCCGCAAACUUGGUCCAAAAGUCUGAAAGGAGGGACACCGAGAGAGAAGUAACUCCUUCGCAGCAAAGCACUAGGGCUGUAUCGCCAAUUGUAGAGAUACAUAGUUCCUCACGACAUCAUGAGACCUAUAGGGAUUCUUCCCAUCCUAAGGAACAGUCGCAUUCCCUCAGAGCUCAAUCGGAACCAGCCCCUUCCCAUCGAGCUGAACCAGCACCAUCGAAUAGGUCUAGGCCUGUUCCCCCAGACAUACCAGCAGCUUAUUCAGCUCCCGCCUCAAUGGAAGCGGAGGCAUCGGAACCCAGUCGCCGGGGAGCUUCCUACUUAGGAACCGAAUUGAAUCCCUUUUACAGAGGAAGCUUCCUCAAAGUGCGUUAUUCGAGGGACUCGUCUCAGAAUCGCUUGAGUCCAAUUCACCAAAGAGGGGAGAAGGUCCAGGACAUGCCUAAGGCGCGAAAAGCUUCGGGAAUGGGCCUGCCCAUGAAGUAUACCAGAUUAAGUCAACUACAAGCUUGGGUGUUUGGGGACCCCUUCGUGAAGGGAAACGACAAUUUGGGAACCUGGAGCUGGCGCCAGAUUUUUGGACGCGGUAAGAAGCGGACGGCCUCAAAGGAUAAAGCCGCCAAGCCAGUAGAAGCAAACGCAUAGGCCACGAGGAAGAAAAGGAAUGGUGCGGGUCACGGGAGUCAAACCGAUCUUUCGCAGGAUAGUCAUACCGAUGUCUGUCUCAAGGCUCGGCCUGUCCCCCAAAGCUCGUGUCCUGGUAGCCAGAAGGCCCCAGAGAAUAUGUACGUCCUGAAGAACUGUGAUCGAUGCCAGGAUUACACAGUACAACCGUGCAACGGUUGCAAGUGCCGUAAGAGGGUAACCCAAUGCGCCGGUGAGUGCGAUGUCUCGGAACAGGAUAAGUCGCGAUUGGAGUCACAGGAAAGCUUUCCGGAUGUGGUGACGUCUCAGACCAAGAUGACAGAAUCGUCGAAGUCUUCACUUGACCCAGCCUCGUAUCGCCGGAUGGGCGGCAACUGUCCCGUUUGCCAGCUUUGCGGACACGAAGAGAUUCGUCAGCCAGGUCAGAGUAUGUGUUGCACUUGCAAUGAGAAGAUCCAGGCGGCCGUGGAUAACUACUAUGUUCAGUGCCAAGGACAAUGUCAGCCAGCAGGACGGCCGUGUCCUUAUCGACAGGAUCAGCCCCCGCCUCAGUCACAUGGACAAUGGCAACAGUUGAACGGAUCCCCUUUUGGCUCCCAGCAGCAGGGUGAUCAGCCCUUCAAUAUCAUUGUGCUCCAAGAUUGCGACAAUCAUGCCCUUAUCGACCAGUUGACAGCUGCCAUUAAUCGUGGAGGAGGUCAAACGCAUAUGCCCCUGCAAAACAACAGCUAUCCGAACGUCUAUCCCAACCAACCGAAUAGCUAUCAAAACAAUCCACUGACCGGCUAUAUAGAUUACGAAUACCUGGACCUCAAUCGCAAGGGGUACGGGUACGAGCCCGAAAGGGAGGACAGAUACGACUACGGUUACGACAUGGGUCCUUGGCCAAUGGAUCCCUACUACCCCAGGGAUGGAUUUGAAGAAGACGGGUAUCGCUCCAUCUCGUGCAGCAGUUACGACUGUCCCUCUAAGAAUGAUCGGAACCCAAAACAAGACUCCCGGGACAGUAAUCAGCAAAAGAAUCAGACGUACACAGAGAGUCAGUCUCCCGGCAACGGCCAAGCCAAUAGUGCGGCCUGCAACUGCAACUGCAAAGAUUUCGAGACCAAGGAUAGGCUGGCCUCGCUCAUUGCCCAGGCCCUAGAGAUCUUCAUUACUAGUAAUCGAUGCAGGGACGAUGAGGUCAAGGAUCAGGAGCAGAACCAAAAGAACGGAAAGGCCAAAAACCCAGGGAAAACGGCUAAAAAACCCAAGAAACGCGGUAAAAGAAGUAAGAGUGUGGAACCCACUGUAAAUUCCGUAUCGAAGAGUGCCGCAAAUGUGAAAGGGCAAAGCGUCUUGGGAACCGCAAGGAGCAGCAAAGCGAAACUUAGUGCGGUAUCCACUCCCUUUUCGAAGGUGAACUCCCUAGACAGUACCCUUUUGAAGGUCACCAAGCAUGUGGCACACCCCUUGUCGAAGGAUUCCUCGCUCCGCAUGGACUCCAACGCCGAUACGGUCAGUGCGGGCUCCCGCAACAAGGAUCGUUUCGAGAAGCCCCCUUUCUUUCUGCCCAACUGCGAGGAACAUCGCUGCAAGAACGACUGCAAGGGCAUUUGCUCGCGGAAGCCCCAUGACUGCGGCAAGGGCUGCAAGUCCGUCUGUCAAGGACCCUGUUCCAAGUCGGGAGGUGGCGAUGGACGCAGUCGCAGCCGAGCAUCCAAAAACAAACGACCCCAACAGCGGCACACCCGCUGCCAGCAGUGCAACCAGGGUGAAGGUCGCCAGUGGCAGGAAGUGGGAGGGACCGCGGACUGUCCCGACGGCGCAAAUGCCGGUGGCGCCAAUAUUCCACCUGGAUGUUCUGGUUGCGGGGGAGGCCAGGAUCGAAGCAAAGGGGUCGGGAAGGAUCGAAGUACAGCCGGCGGCAAGAACACCCUUCUGGGCCUCAGCCCCAUUGCCCACUACAGACCUGGAAUGCUGAAGUUUCCCGUGAAUUACCUCCUGGCGGGAACGAACUUUCGACGAAGGCUCGUUCGCACUGCCGCCGGAGUGACGUUACACCAGAAGCCCUACGUGGACAUGGUCGAUGCCCAGGAUCUACCCAGCUUCCCCUGCCGCAAGAGAGGUGGAUGUGCAGACUAUGAAACGCCCGCCAAGAAGUGGCUCUGAGCUCCGGAACGCGUCCCCGAGUGUUAUGCACUGUAGGGAAUCAAAGGCCUAUGAGGGUGUCCUUCGAUCUUUAAAGUGCAUAAGUUUGCUCGGUGGACGCUCAGUGGCUUAUAGUUUUAGUUCUCAAAAUUUUCAAGUAUAUUCACCAUUUAUGCAGUAUUUAACAGGUGCAAUAAGCCAGUCAACAAUGAACCCCAAAAUAA